UGGGAAGAAUGUCCCUUACAUUGGGGGUCAGUGGGAAGAAUGCUCCUUAUAUUGGGGGUCAGUGGGAAGAAUGUCCCUUACAUUGGGGGUCAGUGGGAAGAAUGUCCCUUACAUUGGGGGUCAGUGAGAAGAAUGCCCCUUACAUUGGUGGUCAGUGGGAAGAAUGUUCCUUACAUUGGUAGUCAGUAAUGAUCCUUACAUUGGUGGUCAGUGGGAAGAAUGUUCCUUACAUUGGUGGUCAGUGUGAAGAACAUCCCUUAGAUUGGUGGUCAGUGGGAAGAAUGUCCCUUACAUUGGGGGUCAGUGGGAAGAAUGCUCCUUACAUUGGGGGUCAAUGAGAAGAACGCUCCUUACAUUGGGAGUCAAUGGGAAGAAUGCUCCUUACAUUGGGGGUCAGUGGGAAGAAUGCUCCU